UUUCUCUCUCACACAGGAAACACACACUGAGAAGAGCGGAAAAGGGUCUGGUGUCUGUCUCUCUUUAUCAACUGAAAACCGCACAGACCUCUCCACCGAGUAUCUCUCUACAAUUCAAUCAAGAGAGAAAAGGGAACCAUGAAUCAAGUGCCGAUAGCUUCAGGUGGAUAACUAAGAUAACUUAGUAGAAAUGGGAGGCUGCUGCUGUUGCUGUGCCUCUAGAGGAGUGGAACUGAACAGUUCCCCGCCAUUCUAUCGUUAUCCAGUAGUGUCAGAGGAGCGUGAGCCCUUGUCGUCUCACAGUGGCACAGUCUCUGCACUGUCUACGGGGCUCUUAGUUGAUACAAAUCUAGAAACUUCAAGUCCGGAUACUUAUAGACGGCCUCCAACACCCAUACCAUAUGAAUCAAAUGUUGGGUGUCCUCGAACACCAAGUGAUCGGGAUAACUGUGGCAACAAGAGCGAUGCAGCAGUGCAAACAACUACCUUUGAAUCUGUUGAAGAAACAAAUGAUGGCAACAACCUUGAAACUUCAGCUGAAGAUCUGAAGGAAUCUGACUGCAAAAUGCAAACCAAUAUUGAUCUUCCCGAAUCAAAAGAACAGGAAGAGGAACUUGAAAAGUCUGGGGAACUAAAGAAACCCAGUGAACCUAUUGUUUCAACAUUGGAGGAGGAGGAUGCUUGUCCCACCUGUCUUGAAGAAUAUGAUGCAGAGAAUCCAAAAAUAAUUACAAAAUGUGAGCAUCAUUUCCACCUCUCGUGCAUUCUUGAAUGGAUGGAAAGAAGUGACACCUGUCCUGUGUGUGACCAGGAAAUGAUGUUCAAUACCACCAUUGAUGAAUAGCUAUCUGGACCGAUCUGCAGUCAACUUUUAAGUGUUUUUGAACACAGUCUCUGCUUUUUGGGUUUUUUUUUCCCCUUUCAAGUGGCAGCCUUGUAGUAUGGUCAUUUUGUUUGUGGAGACGUUGCUUUUUGAAUACCGUUUUGGGUAAAAAGAAGGAAAAACAGGAAGGAAGUAGUAGAUGUAGAUCAAGAUUCAAGACAAUAAGUUGCCUCAGUCACUUUUCAUUCUCUAUAUAUCCAUAAUGUACAGACCAACAGAUCAUAAGUGAUACAACUGGGCGUAUUGCAUUUUAUGGGGGGAUUAUAUAUGAUACCACACAAGGCACACUCUCUCCGCUCCCCCUUCCUCUCUCCAUCUCGCCUGUCCAUGCUCUGCAUCUAUGUGUAGCUUCUCUCUUAGCAUGCAAUAUUUGUAUUCUGUAAGCAGCAUUAUCUGCCUUCAUGCUUUGAAUUGGUUCUGUAAAUUGAUAACAGGAUACUACUUUUUUUAUUGCAUCUUUGGAAGGGUUCUUGGUUGGGGAGUGAUUUGAUCAGUGUGGGAAAGUAAGGGAAGCUCAUGGACAGGUAAUACUUUGUUAAGAUUGAUUCAUGUAUAUAAUGG